UCCGCGAUCGUGCUCAUCCCAAUUUAACACCUCUACCCGUCGGAGAAGAUGCACGCCGGCAUGGCCAGUUAGCCGAAUAAAAGGGGGGAUGCAUAUGUGCCACGCGUGCAUACGUAUGAGUUCCCCUUCAUGGACGCGGCACUCCACUGCGUGAUGCGUGUAAUUAUCUCCACGUGCUCCACGAACUGGGACUCUCCCCCCACGAAGAGAUAACUGCCAGGGCGUAAAAAAUGAAUGCGGCCAAAGGGGGGGAGGCAACCUUCGAGAGCGGCAACAGUGUAGUUUAAAGGAAUGCCAUGAACCGGGGUGGAGUCCAGCACAGCAAAAGAGGCCGCUCGACCGAACGGCUAAGCAGCAGAACGACCACAUGAACCGCUCCACGCCCCCUCGGCUGCUUCACCUGGUGCCCCCCUGAAGUGACCGCUUCGCAGGGGAGGCACGCCGGGGACACGUUCCUCCACGAUGCUCAAGCGGGCGCAGAAGGGGGUAGAAAUAGUAGGAAGGGUAGAAAUAGUAGGAAGAGUAGGAAGGGAAGGGUAUAAAUAAUAGAGACAUCACAACGCUUCGCGCGCAGACACCACACCCACUAAGGCAGAUGAACAGACGGAGGCAAAAUGGUGAGGACGCGGAAAAACAUCGAAAAUAUGGAAAUUUAUGACUACAUGAAGGAAAUGAGUGAAAAGAUAUGGACCUACCUGUUCGAAGACUCCCUUGCCCAUGAGGCCAUAUUACAUUCCCUAAAUGAGUUGGAACAAAUUAUCAUCUCGCGCCUCUUGUUCAUACAGCAGGUGGUGUCCGAGAGAGCAAUGCGCCUGUGGAUAAACCCAAACUCUCUAAAAAAAUUAAGUGAAUGUAUAAAAAAUUUAGUGGAAGCAAAAAUACUCGUAGAAAGCGAAACCAAAAAGGAUAACUACAAUCAGUAUAAAAUAAAUGAAAAAUUUAGACAUACCAUGCUGAACAAGAUUUAUAAAAAUAGGGAGGAUAAAAUCUUCAUCUUUAAUAAUAAUGUUAAGGAACAAAUGGAAAAAGAAAAAAAUCUGCACGAGAAUAAUUUAUAUCCCACGAAGGAAGAAGUUGCUAAUUAUGCACACAUGAGGUGGAAUAAUCUGCUCCAUUUUAUUGCCUCCCCCAAGUUAAGUCACCUGAACAGUUACAUGGUUUACACUAAUGGCAUAUCUGUGGAGCACAGACAGGAGGUCUACCCCCCACAGACUGGCUUGCCAGUCAGCCGAAAUGACGAUAAGGGUGAUCCGAAUAGGAAUAAAAAUGUAGACAAAGGCGCUACUUCUUUUAAUACCCCCUCGAAGAAAGGAAGGAAAAAGAGUCAGGCGGACGAUGAGGAGUACCGCCCCUAUGGACACUCCCUGUACGGGGGAGCCGCCCACAAUGUGGUGAAUUACCCCGCGGUGAAGGAGGAGGAGAACGAGGAGGAGGAAAAUGAAGAAAAUGACGAGGGGGAGGAUGACGACGGGGAGGCGGACGAGGAGGACGAUGAGGGGGACAACUCCGACAAUGAGGACCACCCGGCGGAGGGGGCAAAAUACGAGAAAGGCCCAAACGAAGACGCCAAGUAUGACCAGUACGGGUACCACCUCGAGCAGGGCGAAUCUGCGGGAGCCCCCCCGAUUGGAAGCGCACACAAGCUGCAUACCCAUGAGGCGAAUCAGUAUUAUACCCAUCAUAGUGGGAGGAAGAAGAAAAAAAAGAAGAAGAAGAAGAAAAAGGGAGUCUAUGCGUACAAGCAGAAUGAUCUGUACUAUAGGAGUCUGCAGAAUGUGGAAAAUGGCUACCCAAAUGGUUAUCCAAAUGGCUACUCAAAUGGCUACCCAAAUGGCUACCCAAGUGGCUUCCCAAAUGGCUGCCCAAAUGGCUUCCCAGAGGAAGACAACAAUGACAACUCGUUUUUCUACUCAAAUGCAAAGAAGGACGCCUGCCCGUCGUACACCCCGUGCGAUAGCCUAAUCGAGGUGCUCAAGAGAAAAAACUUCAUACUGCAAGAUGAUGCGAAUAGCAACAAGGCGGUGAACAUGAGUCGGGAGGCCUUCUCCUGGUUCCUGAAGGAUAUAAGAAGCAGGAUCAUUUCCCUGGUGCUCGAAUAUUUGCUCAUCAUAGACGACGGCUACGUCACAAACGUUGCCCGGGAAAUUUCCACCAAGUAUAAGAAGAAGAAGAAUAGCAGCGCGGACGCUGGUAUCGGCGGGGGAAGUUCUGCGAAUGGCCCGAGUGCAGAAAGCGGCUACGCUGGUUAUACCGCUUACCCCGAGCAUGGCGGAAGCGACAACGUUUACAGUGACCAAAUUUCGGCAACCCAUCAGGAGAAGCCUAAAAAUGAUGGAAGUGCACCCCCCUGCUACGUGACGGAAGAAAAGAAGGACCAGAAGAAAUCAGAACUGUAUGUGAGGGAAACCCUACUGCUGAUUCUGUCCAUCAGUCAGUGCACCAUUAGCCACCCCAUAUACCUCGACAAUUUGACCAAAGCGCAGAAGGAAUUUAUAAAUUUUGGCAUCCACAUUGGUCUCUUUUUAAAGCGCACCGAGGACUACGUGUUUGUAACUCCCUACGCGUUGCUUCUAACGAUCAAUAAUUUGAAUGUGCAGAAUUACGUAGCUGUGAUGAACAGCCUGACGGUUGAGGGGUUGUCCGAAAAUGCCUACAACGAGUAUAUCGCGAUUGGAGAGGAUGGAGUGGAUAAUAAUCUCCCCAGCAAGAGCAGCAACGUUGUACCCUCACGCAGUGUAGACAUAGCCAGACAUGGCCACACCGAUGGGGGGGAGAAGAAGAUAAGCGAAAAGUACUUUCACCACUACUCCCUUUUACAAGAGGAAAAGAAAAGACCACCCAAAAGGGGCUCCCAUCAAGAUAUGGACAAAAUGAAGAUAACACACGAAUUAGCUAGCCAGCAUUUAUCCCCAGAAAAAAAAAUGAAUGGAAGCAAUAUCCUCGAAAUGGGGCUAAUUGUGCAAAGCAACUUUAAAGUAUACCUCUAUACCAACUCGACGCUGAAGAUAAAUAUUUUAAGUCAUUUGUGCGAACUACAAGCAAGGACCCCCAACAUGGUCGUAGGAAUUUUAACCAGGAGGAGUGUCCUAAAUGCGUACAACUCAGAUAUCACUGCAAAUCAGAUUAUCAAAUUUUUGGAAUCCUAUGCUCACCCAGGUAGAAGCACUUUUAAAAGCUCCAUACCUGUGAAUGUGAUCACACAACUGAAGCUGUGGGAGUCGGAGAGACAUAGGUUAACCCUCGACGAUGCCAUCGUCUUUAAGUCCUUCGAAAAGGAAUUCCUCCCACACCUUUACCAGCAAAUCGUUGUCUGGGCCAAUAGCAAAAAUUACCUACUGCAUUAUACGCCCUGGCCCAAAAAUGCCAACUCCCCGGAAUUCGACGCAUGGAUGAAGUCGGAAAAGUACCUCUGCUGCAUCUACGAGUCGAAGAAUGAGAUCAUCGAUAAGAUUAAGGAGAUUCGCGAGAAGCUCAUGAAGAAGCGCCAGGGUGCGUAGGCCACAGGGGGGAAGAAGCGGAAGAAGAGGAAGAAAAAAAAAAAAAAAAAAACUUUUUGACCGACCGACAUGUAGGCACACACCCAUGCGGCAGAAGAGCCAUCACCUGCCUCCUUUUCAAAACGCCCCAAAGGGGAACAAACACAAAAUGAGCUUCCAUUUUGGGAGAACCACAACGGGGUGGAUAUCCAUCUUGUGUGCACAGAGCAGUCGCAAGUGGUGCCAUCAUCCGUUCGGUUCACCGUACGGCGGGCAGUGCCCCUUUGUCAGGGGCCACGGCCAAAGGGGAAGCAUCAUAUGUGCCCACACUUUGAACAUGCCUGGGGGGAGAGCGUUACACUUUCCCCCACGCACCACGCGGUGUGCAUCUUUUUCGCGUCAACAAAUGCAAAUUCGCCGCUACCCCCCUGCGCGUGUGUGCUCUCAGGGGCCACCCUCUUCCAAACGAAUGGCUAUCCCAUCGUAGCAGUCGCAUUUUUUUUCCCCCCCUCCAUCCAUCCGUCCAUUUUCAAAUGUCGCAAUAAUUAAAUAUACAGUAACGCUCUCUUUACGGGAAACGGGAAGGGACUUCCUUCUCGCGACCCGCAUAUCUAUUUCUUUUUUAAGAAUUCUUUCCAACGCUCC